UGCAAGAGGCAGCCACUGCAGCAGCAGCAGCAGCGUCCUCGGGAGCAGCAUCAGGAGCAACCAACACUCCACCAAAUCCUCACGUACGCCUUCAGGGUAUCCAGAUCCACAUCUUCACUCAAGCCCGGAGAGGGAGCGAGGAAAGGGGGGGGAAGAAAAAAAAAACCCAACAACUUAGCGGAAACUUCUCAGAGAAUGCUCCAAAACUCAGCAGUGCUUCUGGUGCUGGUGAUUGGUGUUUCUGCAACCCAUGAGGCGGAGCAGAAUGACUCUGUGAACCCCAGGAAAUCCCGGGUGGCGAUUCACAGCUCAGCUGAAGUGCUUCGCUGCCUCAACAGUGCUCUGCAGGUUGGCUGUGGGGCUUUUGCAUGCCUGGAAAACGCCACCUGUGACACAGAUGGGAUGCUUGACAUCUGUAAAUCCUUCUUGUUCAGCGCUGCUAAAUUUGACACUCAGGGAAAAGCAUUUGUCAAAGAAAGCUUAAAGUGCAUUGCCAAUGGGAUCACCGCCAAGGUCUUCCUCGCCAUUCGGAGGUGCUCCACUUUCCAGAGGAUGAUUGCCGAGGUACAGGAAGAAUGCUAUACCAAGUUGAACGUGUGCAGCAUUGCCAAACGGAACCCCGAAGCCAUGACAGAAGUUGUCCAGCUCCCCAGUCACUUCUCCAACCGAUACUACAACAUACUCAUCCGAAGCCUCCUAGAAUGUGAUGCUGACACGGUCACCAAAAUCAGAGAUAGCCUGAUGGAGAAAAUUGGGCCCAACAUGGCCAGUCUCUUCCAAAUUCUGCAGGCAGACCACUGUGCCCAAACCCACGCACGAGCUGACUUCAACAGGAGGCGCACCAGCGAGCCCCAGAAGCUGAAAGUGCUCCUCAGGAACCUCCGAGGUGAGGGGGACUCUCCCUCCCAUAGCAAACGCACCUCCCAUGAGAGUGCAUAACCAGGGAGAGGUAUUCAUAAACCUCACCACAACUAGUAUCAUUUGAGGGGUGUUGACACACCAACUUCGAGUGUACUGUGCCUGGUUUAAUUUUUUUUAAGUAGUUCCUAUUUUCUAUCCUCCCCCUAAAGAAAAUUGCAUGAAACUAGGCUUCUGUAAUCACAAUCCCAAUAUUCUGCAAUGGCAGCAUUCCCACAACCAGAAUAUGUUCCAUCAUUCUGCCUCUCCGCAGGAGAAAAUAAUGUCUUCCAUCAAUUUUCCUCUACCAUGUCCUUCCCCAACCCCAAUCACCCUCAAUCACAAAACUUUCAUGUAACUCCCCCAUCAUUGUAAUUUGAAGAUGUGGAUCCCUUUAGAAUGUUUGCCCUAGUAGAGUUAGCUGAUAAGCAACAACUUUAUUUAAAUGCAUGUCUUAACUGCUCAUAAAGAUGUUAAAUGCAAUUCGUGUUAUGAAUCUGUGCUGGCCAUGGACGAAUAUGAAUGUCAUGUUUGAAUUCUUGAUCUCUAAUGAGCUAGUGAUCCUCCAAUGUCUAAUUUCCUUUCUGACACAUUUACCAAAUUGCUCAGGCCUGACUCUCUAACCAGACUUUGAGCCUUCAUCUUCUUGCAUCUAAUGAAAAACAAAAAGCUAACAUCUUUACGUACUGUAACUGCUCAGAGCUUUAAAAGUAUCUUUAACAAUUGUCUUAAAAACCAGAGAAUCUUAAGGUCUAACUGUGGAAUAUAAAUAGCUGAAAACUAAUGUACUGUACAUAAAUUCCAGAGAACUCUGCUUAAGCAAAGCAGGAUAUAAUAACUUUAUUGCAUAUAGAUUUAGUUUUGUAACUUAGCUUUAUUUUUCUUUUCCUGGGAAUGGAAUAACUAUCUCACUUCCAGAUAUCCACAUAAAUGCUCCUCGUGGCCUUUUUUAUAACUAUGGGGGUAGAAUAGUUUUAACUCAACAUCAAAACUUAAGAUGGGCUUAUAUGAGAUAGGGAAAACUAACAGGUUUAUCUGAAGGACCCCAGGUAAAAUCUUCACCUCCCAGCCCACCUCAACCCAGAGGCUACUUUUGACUUUGACCUAUCUUGAAAUAACUCUGUCACAUCCAACUGGGAAUUACAGCAAUGAACAAAACAGAUCAUCCCUUUGGCCUUGGACCAAUCACAGUGUGAAAAGGGUCUACUUUGUGUUGGGAAGUGGCAGCUCCUGACUCACUACCUUUCAUCAGUGCCAGCAACUCUGGCAAAUGAUGAUGGGGGUGGGAGGUUUUCCAUUUAAUCAAUCAGGAAUGAGUCAAUUAGCCUUUGGGUCUUUAUUCUGGAGCACUUGGGGCUGAGGGAGUAUAAAUAACCCUGGGCUGUCCAGCCUUAAUAAACUCCUCUUACAUUUUUGUCCUGUAGCAUGCUGCCUGCCAAAGUAGUCCUGGCAGCUUGACCAUCUCUGUAGGAUCAUUAAAAAAAAAAAAAGAAAAAAAAGAUAGCAAGAAAGAGGGAAAAAGAGCUGGUGGUUUGAUCAUUUAUGCCAUGAUGUUUACGAGAUGGCGACCACCAAAGCCAAAUGAUGAACCUAUCUAUGAACAACAGUAGUUUCUCAGGGUUACCGUCCUUAAACCCAAAAGUCCCUUUUGAGUGUCACUGCCCACCAAAGGUCAAUGUUGAGAGAGGAAGAGGGAGGAGGGGUAGUUCUGCAGGGGCCACUCCAAACUCGCUUAGGUAGAAAUUAUUGGUGCUUGACUCUCACUAGGCUAAACUCAAGAUUUGACCAAAUCGAGAAAUAGGGAUCCUGGUGGGAGGAGGGAGGGCACAUUUCCAGAAAAAUGAUAAGCAAUACAACUUUACCACAAAGCCUUUAAAAUCAGUCACAUGCUGCUCCAGGACCAAGAGCAAGUGCAGCAGAACCCAGCAGCAGCAGCAGCAGCAGCAGCACAGCCACUGCUGCCUUUGUCCCCACAAAGCCUCUAAGCGUGCUGACAUCAGAUUGUCAAGGGCAUUUUUAUACUCAGAACUGUCCCAUCCCCAGGUCCCCAGGUCCCCAAAUACAUGGACACUGCCUUAGCCUCUUGGAAAUCAGGUAGACCAUUCUCUAAGUUAGACUCUCCCUCUCCCUCCCCACCACCACCUAUCCCCAGGCAAGGCUGACUUCUCUGAAUCAGAAAUUAUUCAAGUGUGUGUGUUGUGUCCAUUUCGCAAACCCACUAAGCCAGGACCCUGAAUGCAACAAGUAGUUCCUGAGGAUUCCUAGCAAAAAUUUCUUAGUUCAGUCUGGUAGAUUCUCUUCGUUGGUUGUGACCUUUUUAAAGUGUGGUACCCACCCCUUCCCCUUUUCUCCCCAUGAUGAUAUUUAUAUAUGUAUCUACAAUACAUAUACCAACAAAUAUGGAAAGAAGCAGUUCUCACAAUAUUGCUAGUUUUUUGCUUCUCUUUUCCCCACCCCGCCCUCUCUCACCAGACUCUUUCUUUCAUCUUCAGCUUCAUCUUCUGUUUGCUGCACAGCGUUUUGUGGGGGCUGUCCUAGACCAGUUUGCAUGAUUCCUCUAUUGUGAUUUGGUUGCACUUUAGACAUUUUUGUGCCAUUAUAUUUGCAUUAUGUAUUUAUAAUUUAAAUGAUAUUUAGGUUUUUGGCUGAGUACUGGAAUAAACAGUGAGCAUAUCUGGUAUAUGUCAUUAUUUAUUGUUAAAUUACAUUUUUAAGCUCCAUGUGCAUAUAAAGGUUAUGAAACAUAUGGUAAUGACAGAUGCAAGUUAUUUUAUUUGCUUAUUUUUAUAAUUAAAGAUGCCAUAGCAUAAUAUGAAGCCUUUGGUGAAUUCCUUCUAAGAUAAUAAUAAUAAUAAAGUGUUACCUUUGACUGGU